AAUUCAUCAAAAUGACUAUUGAUUUAUAUGUCAUGAAUUUGAGCCCUCCCUGUCGGGCAGUCCUAAUGGCAGUCAAACAAUUGAAUCUUACGGUUAAUAUCAAACAAAUUGAUUUGAGAAAAGGCGAACAUUUAACGCCUGAAUAUCUUAAGAUUAACCCAGUUCAUACUGUGCCCACUCUGGUGGACGAUGGUUUUGCUCUGUGGGAGAGCAGAGCUAUUCUGCAAUACCUGAGCAGCAAAUACGGGGCCAACACUUCCCUAUACCCGACUGAUCUGCAAAAGCGUGCGGUUGUCGACCGAACCCUUAACUUUGAUAUGUCUUUGAAUUCAUCCGUCAGUACUGCAGUCACAAUGAAACUAUUCCGAGGCACUGAACCCACCGAAGCCCAAGUGAAAUCAUUUCAAAGCAAUUUGAAAACAUUGGAUCAAUUGAUCGGUCAUAACAAGUACGCGGCCGGAAGUGCGCUCACAAUCGCCGACCUGUCCCUCGUGGCCACCCUAUCGGUGCUCUUCGCCACUGAAAACAAGGAGUUGAAAGAAGUGCCAAAUGUUGUCAAGUAUUACGAGGGCCUUAAGAAAGAGCUGCCCUAUUAUAAUGAGGUGAACGGAGGUCUGGCCGAGGCUUUCAAGCAAUUU